AGAAUCGGCAUAAGAUGUCUCGACAGCCGACCCAUUGGACUAUACGAAACAUGUGAUAUAUUACUCGGUGAGCCACUUUGUAGAAAAUCGAGAGAGGUAUCAUGGAUCGAUGUAGAAAUGCCGCAUAAAAGAAAACGAAAUUUAACAAAGAAACUCAGUGAAGUUGAAGAAAUAGCAGCAAACGAUCCAUCAACUGAAGACUUUUAUGGGGAGGGCCUUGUCACUCACUUUUAUCCAAACAGAGCCCAAGAACAUGAAGAAUAUUGCCUUUAUGACUUUGUAGCCAAACUCACUUACAAGGGCAAAGAUAAAAAUGGCGAACGAAUCUAUAGACCACUACAGAAAGAGCGCCUUCCUAACUUUAUUGAUUUUGAUGUCUAUAAAGAAAAUCAGAGAGACAGUUUCUAUUAUGCCAUCAUUCUCCUUUUCGUGCCGUUUAGAAAUGAGGAUGAAUUAGUUCAUGAUGGUGAAACUGUCCAAGAAGCAUUCGAUCGCCACAUUGUCGACCACGAAAGGUGUGUCGAAGCAAAUGAGAAAUUCAGAAAGUUGCUCAAAUGUAGAGAGAAAUUAAAAGACAUACAAGAUGCCAGAGCAGCAAACAGAGAAGAGGAAAAUGAUGUGGAAGACGACGAUCCACAACUGAUGGGACAGAUUAAAGAUGCAAUGAAUGACGUGAGAGAUAUGGACACUGGAUCUGGUCUCACUUUGCAAGAGAGAGAAUCGAUGCUAAAUGUAGACCAAAAACGCAUCUUUGAUCACGUAAAAGCUCAUCUAUUGAGGCAAAUUGAAUACGAAAAUAAAUCGAAACAAGAGAAGGAGCAAUCAGAAAGUGUAAAACCGUUGCACAUGUUCAUCAGUGGUGUAGGUGGCACCGGUAAAUCUUUUCUUAUUGAGGCAAUUAAAGCACUAGUGAAAAGCCUCUGGUCAACACUGACCAAACAGACAUGUGCAGUCUGUGCUCCAACAGGAUUGGCAGCUUACAAUGUGGGAGGUGUGACAGCACACAGACUGUUUCAGCUGCCAAUAGAACAUGAUGGACAAUGUGCCUCAUACUGGUCCAUACCAAAGGCUAGUCACAAAGUAAUGAAAACAGAACUUCAGGAUCUGAAAAUGGUAAUCAUUGAUGAAGUGUCCAUGGUUUCUAGCCUCAAUCUCACUUACAUACACAUGAGAAUGAAUGACUUAUUCGAAUCAGACGAAUGGUUCGGUGGCAAGAAUGUCCUCUUUGUUGGUGACAUCCUUCAAUUGCCACCAGUUCGUGGACAACCAGUGUUUGACAAAGUAACAGCAUCAACACUGAAAUACAGACUUGGUAGUAUGGGUGCAGUGAACAUAUGGCGUGAUACUGUCACCUAUGACGAAUUGACAAUAAACGAAAGACAAAAAACAGACCAGAAAUUUUCGGAAAUGUUGGACAAAGUGAGACGUGGCUUUCCAGACGAUGAGACUUUCGCUACACUUUCCGAAAGGGUAUUUUCGACGCCCAUUGAGAAAAAAUUUAAAAUAUUACAACAGGGUGGUAACGCCCCAGUUUGCCUGUUUCCAAAAGUAGACAUGUGCAAAGAAUUUAAUGAAACAAUGCUGGCUAAUCUACCAAGUCCUACCAUAAAAAUAAGAGCCACAAAUUUAAUUGAUGGUACUGGCAACAUACAUGUACGUAGAAAGAAAGAUGAUGAUGAUUUAGAAAAAAAGGUUGAGAAAAAGUUAAAAGAAUUAAAUAAAGAUAUUAACAAUACUGGUGGUUUAGAAGCCAAAUUAAAAUUGGCUGUGGGGGCUAGAGUAAUGUUGCGUUGCAAUGUAAAUGUUGAAAAGGGAUUAGUGAAUGGAGCACUUGGUACAGUGCAGGCCAUUUCAGAAACACGCAUAACAGUUAAAUUUGAUAGAAUAACUGAUCCUUGUGAGAUUGAGAAAGUCAAGAGAAAGUUUAUGGUAAUGAAAAAUGUCUUUGUGUAUAGAAGCCAGUUUCCUUUGAUAUUAGCUUUUGCUGUUACCAUACACAAAUGCCAGGGACUGUCACUAGAUAAUGCAAUCAUUGAUCUGUCUGAA